AUGGAGCCCCCUACUGCGUCUCCUCCCGCGCCAAGCGACGCUGGAUCGAGUGCAGAUCAAGACGAGCGUUGUAGUCCUGCUCAAGAGCUGCAAGUGGAGCCCAUUGAGAGUCCCCAGAAGUGUCUUGGGCGUCCGUUACGAGCGCCGUCGACGUCGCUCUUGGACGCGAUAGGAGCCAAACGAUGGAUGCAAUUGAUCCCGAUUAAGUACGAUGGACCGGCUCGCAAGCGACGCGAGUGGCUGCCGCACUGGGACGACGUGUACCUAAGUCUGGACGGCCUGACGCUGCGUGUGUUUGACUCCCACACACGAUUUCUCGAGCAGCAACAGCAGCAGCAGCCGCAGCAGCAGAAGAGCGGCCGCAGGAGCAAGUCAACAACGCGACUAAAGGACGUGACACAUGGCUACAUUGUGACAGCUGUUGAUGUGGAGACGACCAGUCGUCCCCAUGCUUUUGUGGUCAAGACGACGACGAAGGGGAAGAAGGAAAAGACGCUGCAUUUGGCAGUGACAAGUGAGCUGGAAAAAGUGCUGUGGGUCCAUUUGCUUGGUGCUGUAGUAGAACAAGUGCAGAAAGUGCUGCCAAAGGCACGAAAGAGACUGAAAGCUGCCGGUUACGACGUUGCUUCGUUGCCGAAGAAGCCGCUGGCUGCUACACUUUUGUCUACGUAUGGCGGGGCAAGAAUACAGACGCUGACGCUUCUGGGGACACCCGUGAGAGUUGACUUGGCCAUUUUUUAUGACGCCUGGGGAUGCAUUCAAGCUCGAAGAGGCAAUUUUGCAUCGCUUAUGCCGAGUCUGUACCCAAACAUCACGCUGACGUCGAAUUAUCCGCCGUCAGUUCCUAUUGCAGGCGUGUAUCAUGGACUUUCAGGGAUGUUAACUUUCUUUGCGAAGCUUCAUGGCUCGAUGGACUUAUCUCACUAUAAGGUCAAGCAUAUAGCUCGGUGUGGAGAUCUGGCAGUCGUCUCUGGCCAUGAGACUAUUCGAAGCGCAAACAGCGGAAGGCGGUUCCGACAUUUGUGGAAACACGAGCUGCGGUUUGAAGCUGACGGACGUAUUAGCUACAUCAACAUUUUGGCCGACAAGACCGCAGCAUCGAUAGCAUUUGCCAAUGGCGGGGGUUCAAAAUCAGGUCCAGUGACUGAUGCGGCGGCUGCGCCGACUUUGGCUACACUGCCGCGUGAGCGUGAACAGCAAACGAGCACUUGUCCGCCAGGAGAGUUUCGUGUAGUGUGUAUAUCUGGCGAGCGGUUUCGAGUGCGAAAACCUGCAAGCAGGCGAGGCAGUGGAUAUAAGGUGAUUCUUGGACUGAACGGAUUUCCGCAUUGUACAAAAAUGUCGCCCAGACCGAAUUGCAUCGGCAGUAUAAUCAGCAGGGAUGUCAUUACCACAACUAUAGAUGGACUGAGUCGUGUGGGCUCGUGGAAGUCGUACUCGACGCGUGUAGUACAAAGCAGUGGAGGAAGAGGGCCGAUUUGGGCAGAGACCUUGCACGUCGAGUUUUCUGGGGCUGUCCCGGGUUUGGCAGCAGUUUUGUGUGUGGAUGUGUGGAGUGUCGGCGUCCUUGGCGACGAACUUAUUGGGUGUGCAAAAAUAAAUUUGGCAAAGUACUUGGACUUGUCAGAGGGUACAGAAGAGGAGAUUGCGUCUGCUGCUGUUCCAAAUCGAUUUGACAUCUAUAGAGCAGAGUCUUUUGAAAAGGCUGCACGAAGAGGCGAGAACGAAAGCUGUGGUGGUCUGGAGCUCAGUAUUAGCUUUGUUCCCUAUACAAGGAUUGAUGAAUCCAUCAGCGAAAUUGACGAGCGAAUUGACGCUGUAGGCAUUACUGAUGAUUGGAAAGCAUCGGGUUUACUGAUCGGUGAAGCUACUUCGAACCAGGAUGGACAUUUUCCAGCGUACCGCAAGAGUUUUGACAGGCUGCAUGAGCUACAUGACGAGACGGGACACAAGCAGCAGCCAUAUGAACGUGACUCCCUUGCUGGAAGCGACGUGACUAGUGAUUGUGAGCUGGUGGAAGCUACAAGUUAUGUGGGUGAUCAGGACAAACAGAAAUCUGCAAUCGAGGAAGAGAUGUACUCAUUUACGGUGGCCUCGACCAAAUUCCGCGUGUAUAGGCGAUACCAGCUCAUUCGCGCAAUUGGACAUGGAGCAUACGGGGUAGUGAUUGCAGCAAGUGAUCGAAUUACAGGGAAAUCAGUCGCGAUAAAAAAUGUACCACGCACCUUCGAUGAUCUUGUAGAUGCAAAACGCAUUGUGCGCGAAAUUCGACUGAUGAGGCACAUGCAUCAUCCGCACAUCGUGUCGCUGCUAGAUGUGAUGCGCCCUCCAUCGCUGUCUCACUUUGAAGAUACAUACAUCGUCACCGAUCUCAUGGAGACCGAUUUGCACCGAGUGAUAAAUUCUCCCGAGGCUCUUUCGAGUGAUCACAUCGCGUUCAUCACGUAUCAACUUUUAUGCGGGCUGCGUUACGUUCAUUCCGCGCACGUAGUCCACCGCGACGUCAAGCCGUCAAAUGUUCUGAUCAAUCGCGACUGCCUGAUCAAGCUGUGCGAUUUUGGACUCGCGCGUGGUAUUGACAUGCGCCCUGUCACACUGAACGGCAAAGACGGGAAUGACUCACCUAGCAGUCAAGACAGAGAGUCUGUUCUCGAUGACGCUUUGACUGAAUAUGUGGUAACCCGUUGGUAUCGAGCACCCGAACUUUUGCUCGCAAGCCGGUACUCUACAGCUAUUGAUCUUUGGGCUGUAGGUUGCAUCCUUGCGGAAAUGUUCAUGCGUAAAGCGCUCUUCCCGGGUCAUGACCACGUGCAUCAAUUGCAUUUGAUCCUGCAGCUUGUAGGAAGUCCACCGCCAGACGAAAUAGGUUUUAUCACUAACAUCAAAGCCAGGCGAUGGAUGGCACGUCAACCGCAGCAGGAAGGCAAACUGCUUAGUUCAGUUUGUCAAAACGCUCCAGCGGAAGCACUGGAUCUGAUGAAGAAGUUGCUGCGAUUCGACCCUUGCAAGCGAAUUUCAGUGGAUGAUGCUAUUGCACAUCCGUUCCUGGCACCAUUCCAUGCAGAUGGCGUAGAGUUGAGCUCGGAGAAUCUGGCGGAGAGCACUUUUGACUUUUCAUUCGAGCGGGAGAAUCGGGGUAACAUGGACACGAGCACCUUGCGUCGCCUUAUUUUCGAGGACGUUUGCCAUUUUCACCCGGAAGCCAGCGCCGAGUUGAAACAAUUUACACAAGAGCAGGAGCGGUCACGACUCUUUGACGAGGAAAAGCGCAGGAAAGAGGAAGAUGGCCAGAAAAAGAUGAAAGCAAGUAAGGUGGGGAAGAGCUGGGCAGCGAGCGUGUAA